GGGAGAGAGUCGCAGCUCGGCGGCUCUCUCGGCGGGCGAACGAGCGAGCGAGCGAGCGCCGCACAAGAAAACACACUGGCGGAGUGAGCGGGCGAGAGACGAGGGUUUUCCAGUCCGUCCGUCGGCGAACGCGCGCGUGCAGUGCGGGGAUGGACCUUAAGACGGCGACAGCCCCGCUGCGACGCUAGACAUGGACAAUGCCGCCGCCGACGAGCAGGCCACCCUGCACUACUUCAUGUACCGCAGGGUGCAGCAGGAGAUGCAACUGCACCUGUACCACCAGAGCGCCGGACUGCCCCCGCCGCCUCUGCUGCCCCCGGGCUUUUUCCUCGCCGGAGACAUGUACGGAUUGCCUGGACGCGAUUUUUACAACAACGCCGCUGCGGACGUCCAGGAGCAGCCCGAAAAUCUGCACAAAGCUCGAGUUGAAAAAGAAACUGACAAUGUGGAGAAGUCGCAGGAAACGGCAAAUCAUCCUCAUUCUGCUUCCUCAGGCACGGCCACCAAUGCAACUAUUAGUAAAGGAGUCCCUGCGCCGCAUCACACCAUGAUGUCGGCGCCCCAUCACGUGGCCGCGGCGCCCUCGCCCUUCAGGUCGCCGGGCGGAGGGGUGGCUGGAGCUGCGGGAGGUUCGGUGCUCAGGACAAGCCCGUGGCCCGCGACGGCCCACGCCCCUGAAGGCUUUGGAAGGUUUGCCGUGGGUGGAAGUGUUUACUCGCUCUUUCCUUCCGUCCCGAGUGCCACGGAGGCGAGUGCCAUCUACUCCCAAGGCUCGAGCUCGCCUGGCGCGAGGUUCGGCGCCGGCCAGGCCACCACCACUUUCCACGGCUUUCUCGGCACACCGCAGAAAGGGGACACGCUCUUCUCGGCGGGCUUUCCGUUGACCCCGACGUCGAUCCCGCCCAGUUCGCCGCAGACCCUGUUCCACACGGGAGCCACCGCAGGUUUGUCCCCGGCACUGGCAGGGUCGCUCGAGGACAGGGGCAUCAGUCAGCUGGAGUUGAUGGCCAGGGGCUUCCCCGCCCUGCCGCAGAUCGCGCAACCCGCGCGAAGGGUGGAGGAACAGGAGAAAAGGGUUGAGCCGAAGGGCAGGGCGGCCCGCGGAGCCAAGGAACGCAGACAGACCAAGGCCGAGAGGAAUCGCGCCAAGGAGCUCGAGGGGCACAAGCAGCAGCCCGACAGGGUCACCUGCAGCUGCCCUGUCAGCAGGGCCACCUGCACCCUCACGUCGGCCAACGCCGUGCAAGCAGUCAACCCUGUCACCACUAGUACAAGCAUGGCGACCUUCGCGUCCUCAUCGCCACCCUUCCACUGCGCGAUGGACUCGAUGACGGCCGCCUCCCUGACGGCCUUCCACCCGCCCAACCUUGCCCCGAUUUUCCCCACCCUGGCGAGCGACACCCUGAGCGGCUGCAGCAGGACCAACCCUGUGCCUCCGCGCAGCAGGUCGAGCGACGCCAGUUCUUCCGGCAGGUCCUUCAGCCCUGUGGUGAUCAAGAAGGAGGCGGGCACACCCUGUCAGGUCGACGAGGUCACCACCAGCAGGAAGGAAAGGGGCAACAACCCCGUCGUGGCUGUGCAGGCGAUCAAGUCGGAACCUUCCGAGGACAGGAGAAGUCAGGGUCCUCUAGUGAUUGCGGUCACAAACAGCGGCCCCUCCACUUCAACCUCGGCCACUGUAUCGAGCAUUCCUGUUGGUAUAGCCGUGGCGCGCCAGAGGAGUUCCUCGCCCAUCAGGGCGAUGGUCCCCGAGGAACUCUCCAAAGGCAAAUCCUCCAACGUGCAGGACAAGCCCAGGGAGGACUUCCGGGUGUUGUUGCCGGCCAGAAGGACGGCACCGGCGCCAUUGGCCCCAGCACCGGCCGUCACCGCCACGGCCACUGUGAUCAGCACCAUGGCGCCUGCGGUGCCAACAACUGCGGCCCUCAUGGUCCAUCCGCAGGAGCGAACGGCCACGAUCAUGACUUCAUCAAUCGUGCUGCAACCGCCCCCUGCGAGUGCGAGCGGGCCGAACGCCGGAGCCGGAGCCACCCUGCAAGUGCACACCACCGGGGGUGCCGAGGACGCCGUCACUCAAGCCUUGGCCGCCGCCAGACUCUCCAACGGACUACCCCCGUGGGCGUCGCACGCGGCACCCAACUCCGCCCUGACUCCACCUACCUUGUGGCUUGGCCAACCGCAGUACCAGACAGGUCCCACCGUUCAAAUAGAGGCCGCACCGCCGCCUUCGCUGCCCCCGGUCGGUCUGCAACUGGUACGCGACCCGAUGACGGGCCACCUCAUUUUGUUGCCAGCCACUAAUAUGGAUCACAUGCAACGCACUGUCCAAGUGUGGCCCAACAACACGACGACCACCACAAGUUUCCCCCAAGCGCAAACCAACCUUCCCCAGCUCAUGCUUCCCCAAACGUCAUCCGCAAACGGCACCCAACACAUCACCGUGUUCCCGCAACAAAACGAAACCGAAUUCCGCAUCCUGCUGCCCCCGCAACACCAGCCCCAGGCCCAGUUGGCCCUGGUCCACGAGCCCAUGAAGCAGCAGUCGCCGUGCAAGAAGGACGUGAUGGAGGCGCCCAAGAUCGAGCUCAUCGACCCUUCCAAACUGAUGCCCGCCGACCUGAGCGGCGCCCAGACGGCCCAGUUCCCGACGUCCUUCGUUUUUCCCGGGGGUCAGACGCAGCAGGCCCAGGCGCCCACGGCCCAGGUGCAGUACUUCUACGAGCAAAUCACAGGCACCACCGUGCAAAUUUCGCCCCAGCAAAACCCACACACCCCCUCUUCGUCGGCUGUGACUUCCGCCCCUGCUGUGCUGGCGGUUGAUACUGGAAGGAGAUCGCAGGCUACUUCUCCUGCAAACCCAGCUGAGGUUUGUCUGACGCCACCUCCAGAGACUGCCAGUCCGAGAAUCAGUCCCAGCGAAAGCGUCCCAGCCGUUCCAACCAGUUCCACCGCUGAGGAGAGCAACCAAGAAAGCGCCGUGGACAGCUCAAGUUCCGAAGUGAUCGGGGCGUCCUCGGAAGCGGAAGCCGUCGAGGUCAAGGUUCAAGACGCCAGCAAUCAGACCGAGACUCCUCCGGUGAGUGAGGACGAGGUUUCCAGGGACGCCGUGUUGGAAGAGGAGGUCGACGAAGAGCCGCCGCUGGAAAUCGACUGCAAAGAACCGGAGCCGGAAGUGGAGGAACCUCUUGAGUUGAUGACCCCGGAGACCACGACCCCGGACGAACAGGAGGAAGUGGAGGAAUUUGUCCAGCCUGCCCCACUGCCGCCUCCGGUCGAUUUGAGUGGGUUGGAACUUUUGUCCAACAGCAUCGAGCAAUUCGUGGAGAGAGAAAAGGAGGCUGAGAAGCAGUCGACGGUGCAGGUGCCGGCCGAGCCACAGCAACACGUGAUUGAUGGACUGGGGCUGUUGUGUGCCCUGGCCGAGCAGCGCUUUUUCGAGGACAUUGAACAGGAAAAGCAGAAGGAACAAGUUGAGACUGCAGUGAAGCCAAUCGAAGAGAAAAUUGAGGAACCACCGAUGAAGCCGAUUCCAGAGAGGAUCGACGUCAACCGGAACUACAAAAGCCCAAAGUCGGAGAAAAACAUCAAGAAGUUCAUCGCGAGUAAAGUUUCUCAGUAUGCGGAGAACGGAGGCGCAUCCCAGGCGUCGAGUUCGGAGGUGCAAACCACCGAGUACAUUGACGCCAUGGAGUUGGACCUUCGGAUGCGACUGGCCGAUUUGCAGAAAAAGUACAAAGCCAAGCAGAAGGAGUUGUCCAAGCUGCAGAAUCCCAGGAGGAACUCGGUGGUUUCGGACGACAGCAGCAGCAGCCCUAGCAAGAGAGGCCCCGGAAGACCAAGGAAGAGGAAAUUGUCGCCGGCGCCAAGUCCGAAGAAGGCGAAAAUCGUGAAGGAGGCGGAGAAAAUUGUCGAGAAGCAGGAAGAGACACUUCCGCUCAAGACCAAACCGAAGGACAUUUUGAAGCCGCCGACUUUGAAUACAAACAAAAUUUUGACCUCACCCAAAUUCAAACCGAGUCUCUCUGAAAAGUUCGGAACCAAAGCCGAGCAAGAAAAGACGACCAAGGAUGACGAAGUUAGCAGCUCUUCAGACGGGAGCUCUCCUGGCUCUUCUUGGCUGACGGGAGGGUUUUCCUCCUUUAAAAAGAGUGCUGACUCGGCGCAUAUUAAACCGUCAGCAUUUACAUUUGGCUCCAAACUCGCCAAUCCCCUUUUGCCAGGAGCCGGUGAAAAGCAGAGAUUCCAACCUCUAGCACCAGAACCCCUCUUUUGGUUCUUAAAGCCUGAUAAGGAAAACUCGACAAGCCUGACAAAAACUGGAACUCAUCAGUUCGGUGAACUUCCUUCAAACGGCUUUAAGAGGAAUCCACUGUCAAGUUCAGAGCCCGAAAGUGACCAAGAAAGCGGUUCACCGUCCCUUUUCCUCCCCAAAACCACCACUGGAGCUGGAUGUUCUUCGAGCUCGUCCUCCUGUUCCUCCUGCUCGAGCUCGUCCUCCAAGAAGAGAAAGCCAGGUCGGCCGAAGAGGAGGACCCCAGGCAAGCCCGACCAGACGGCCACAGAAACGAUCGUGGCCAAAAAGAGGAGCAUCAGCUUUUUACUCAACUCGACGUCGUUCAACUCUGGCUCCGUGGCAGAAAACAGACCGAAAAUCAAACCAAAACUGAAGGCGGAAAUCAAGUUGAAAACCACCCGAGACGACGAGGACGAAACUUGGCCUCAGAAGAGCGAGUCGACGACCUCGGCAGUGCCAGAAAAAGUAGUUUCUUCGCCCUGGGUGAGCAAACCUGUUGUGGAGCGAGAGAGGCCGAGGACCAUCGACGCGGCGCAGCGUCUCGGCCCGAAAAAGAGACCUUCGACGGGCGGAAGUUCCAAAUCGCCGGUGGCAAAGCAGCGUUCGAAUUCUACCGAGGUCAAGGCCAAGAAGGCCUGCACGGAAAACAAGGUCACGCUGAGAACUGCGAGAAAACAGAUGUCCAGCGGCUCAACCGAAAGGCCACUCAAGCGUCCCUCACUAGAGUCUUGCAGCUCAGUUAAUGGACACUUGCUUCCUUGCACUCUGAGCUCUGAAGACUUGGAGGGACAACCCCGCGCAAUGAGAGUGAUGGGUGGGUUGGUUUACGCAGGUCUGGUGACCGCGAUCCGUGCGCCCGACCUUUACGGUAUUACUUUGGACGGCGAGAGAGGUAACAGACCGCACAUUCUGUCGAGAGAGGAGGCUCUGAAAGAACUGAUAAGAGAGGUGCAGCCGUCAAAAACCGACCAAGUCCCACCCGGGACCAGAGUUUGCGCCUAUUGGAGUCAGCAAAGUCGGUGCCUUUACCCAGGGACGGUUGCCGAGCCCUCAAGUCCAGAUGCCGAGCUGGACGCGUGCUCUGUCAAUGUUGAGUUUGAUGACGGCGACAGCGGAAGAAUCACACUCGAAGAUAUCAGGAUGCUUCCGGCUGGCUACCCAGUAGUUGAAUAUGAUCCAAACCCUCUGCUGUCUUUGGCAAAGAGAAGAAGGGCCGCAUCAGGUGCGAGUAGCACCGAGGGACGAAGGGCGAGCGUUGACACCCCUGUCAAUCCACCCCGAGAGCAAAAGCAGAAAAGCCCCAGUCCUGUUGUAACGCCAGCAGAAUCAAAAAAGAAGGACACAGACUCUGGGAAGAACAGCUCGUCCAACAAACAUUUGAGCGACGAGGAGAGAGAGCGUAAAAAGCUCAAGAAAAAGGAAAAGGCCAAGAAGAAAGAGAAAUUGCGCAAGUUGCUGGCUCAGGUGGCGAUUAAAAACAAGAUUUCGAGUCACAAGAAGCACAAGAAACACCACCACAAGCACCAUCACCACAAAAAGAAGCACAGGCACAGAAAGCACGGAGACAAAGAGUUGUCGAGCAGCGCCACUUCAGACUCCUCGACGACCCCUGAAAAAACUCAAGUGACUCCUCCACCUCCCGUGUCUGACGAGAUAGAACCAGAGGCGGAGAAAAAAGCCAAGCAGUCUCCGAAAAAGAGACAAGAGCGACAGUCGUCCGGAGAAACCAAGAGCAAGAUGGCAGCUUUUCUUCCUGCCAGGCAAUUGUGGAAAUGGUCCGGAAAGGGCUACAAGAGACCUGGUGGCAAAGGCCGCGGCAAGAAGGAGUUCUUCAAGUCAAUCCAAAGAGGAAAAGAGACUAUCAAUGUUGGCGACUGUGCAGUUUUUCUUUCGACGGGCCGACCUGACCGCCCUUACAUAGGGCGCAUUGAAACCAUGUGGGAGUCUUGGGGUGGCAACAUGGUGGUCAGGGUCAAGUGGUUUUACCACCCUGAAGAGACGCAAGGAGGAGAAAACCUGGACAAGCUGAAAUAUCCUGGUGCCCUUUUCCAAUCUCCUCACGCGGACGAGAACGACGUUCAGACCAUUUCCCACAAAUGCGAGGUGAUCCCCCUGGCCGAUUACACGAAACGACUGGGCAAGGAGCCGGCGCGCUACGCAACAAUCUACGACAACAAUGACAUUUACUAUCUAGCAGGUCACUACGAUCCGUCGGCAGGAGUGCUCACCAUGGAGCCGGGCGUAAAUUAAUUAAUUACAUACACAAAAAACGAGCAUCUAAUAUGCACACCCGACAUGGAUAAUUCAAAAUUAUUCCGGAGCAGAGCAAAAAUGUUUAGUCUAACUGGGCGUACGCAAAUAUAUAUCUCUCUAUAAAAAUUCAAGUAGUUGAAAACGUAUUUGGAGUUGCUUAAAAUUAAACACGUUGUGUGGUACGUCUCCCCAAAAUAAUAUAUAUUAUAAAUAUAUAAUCUCGAUAAUUAUUACUUAACCCCGUAUUGAAUCAAAAAAGAAUUACAAAUAUUUGGAUGAGUUUUUUGCGUAAUAAGAUGGAAAUGUAUGUAAACGAGCGCGAAGGCAUCGUUACAAAGAACUGAUUACACUGACUGCGGAGAAGAAUUGAAAGUACAUUUAAUGAGAUAAUUUUGUAUAUCAUUGUCAGAGAGAGAUCGACGGAGGGACGGCGGGAUUACUGUCCUCGAAAAAGCUGUGUAAAUAAGCCAAGACUGUGAGAUAAUUCCCCAGGCUACCGUUUAUAUAAAUUGUCCUUACUGUUCACUUUUCCUCUUUACUUGCACAUAUUUUCAAACAAAAGUCACGAAAUUCUGAUAAAUAUCAAAAUACUUGAUUGAUAUCAUUUUUGUCCUAAGUGUAAAGUGUUGUCUCUUUUUUACUGUGGAGAGCUGUGUCUAAUUAUUACAACUUAUGUGACUUUUAUUACGCAUUACAAAUAAAUUACCAAUGCUUUGAGAUACUAGAUUAGACUAAAAUUUGUAACAUUAGAAUAUGUGAUUACGCAACCGGGAAAUGCAAUUUCGCCAAAACGUUCCGGCUGCUUUUAUAUUGUGAUUGGUCAACUAUGUUAUACGAUUGUAUCAAAUAAGAUUGGACAAGUCUUCGAAUUUCUUAGUCAAGAAAAUUUAACAUAAAAAAAAAAUGCUUUUCCUAUAAACAGCACCUCCACAAAAACAAACACGAUUUUGAAUAUUAUAUAUAAAUUAUAAAAAAAAUUAUGCACAAUUUUUUUUAUUACGCUAUAAAUAGACUGCGCUUAUUGUUUUCACUUUUUAACUUCACUGAAUUUUCUUGUAAUAUGCUUUCAUUUUUAAUUUAAUCCACCAAAUACGCUUACAAAUUAGUUCUUUUAAUAAUUGAGGGGUUUACUGAUUAUAUCUGUUUGACACACACGUAAUAUUUUCAGCUUAUUAAAACAAGAAUAUGAUGGGAAAUCCAUAUUAUUAUUAAUAAUAUAAACACGUGACACACACACAGAAAAAAGGAUAAAUCAAUUUUAUUCUUCACUAUGUUUUAUAAGUGUAUACCUUGUAAAUAAAUAAUAGACGCUACACACCGUCAAGAGGAGAAAAACAAAAAUCAUGAAAUAAUAUUGUAUGGAGAAAUAAUGUUAGCAGCGGAAUAUAUUACAAAAUAAAAUCAAUCGAUAAACAAAAAGAGAAAAUAAUAAAAAUGCCAA